CCAACAGCCGCACUUUCCGUGUUCUCGGAGAUCCGGGAGAGCGCGCUGCGCCUGGCCCGGCUGGGGAGGGCAGUCUUCGUGCUGCGGGAUCCCCCGGCCCCAGGAUCCCCCACUUCGGAGGAUGAGCAGAUCUCACCCGUGGAGCCCUCGGGAUUUGGCUUCCUCCAGCAGCCCCGAACCCCCUCUGUGUCGGAGAUGAAGGGUCCGCAGCCCUGAACCGAAAGCCGGAGCGAGGGAAGGACUGGGAGCGCGCGGGGAUCCCCGGCGUGCGUCCGGGAGGGAAGUAAAGUGGCGGCCGGAGAGAGCCCAGCUGCCGGUGUUUGAGAGCGAGCGGACCAGCCCAGCUUUUCCUCUCUCCUGCGCCCGGGGCUCCGGCUAUUGUUCCGCGGGCUCACGACCAAGGAACAGCCGCUGUAACCAGUCUCGUCCUGUGCAGGACUCACUGAGGGCUGAGAAUGAUGGCUGCUGGAAAAUUUGCAAGUCUUCCCAGAAACAUGCAGGUGAAUCAUCAGUUCCCUCUGGCUUCUUCCAUGGAUCUUCUGAGCAGCAAGUCCCCCCUUACCGAACCCCGCUCGGAUGCCUAUCAGGAUGUGUCUAUACAUGGGACCCUACCAAGAAAGAAAAAAGGACCUGUUCCCAUAAGGUCUUCUGACUCAUUUAGUCAUAUGGGAACACUCCCUUACUCCAAGACCCAACGGCAGAACUCCCCUCUGAUCCAAGAUGUGAUAGAGGAGAGCCCACUGCAAGACUGGCGAGGGGAAAAGUCCACCUUCAGGGAUCCGCAUCUCCUGGACCCAGUGAUGGAAUAUGUGAAGUUCUCCAAGGAAAGACACAUCAUGGACAGGACCCCAGAGAAGCUGCUGAAGAAGGAACUGGAGGAAGAGCUGCAGCUCAGUGGCGAGGACUUACGCAGCCACGCCUGGUAUCACGGGCGCAUUCCCCGACAGGUAUCAGAGAGUCUUGUGCAGCGAGAUGGAGACUUCUUGGUGCGGGAUUCUCUCUCUAGCCCUGGAAACUUCGUCUUGACCUGUCAGUGGAAGAAUACAGCCCAACAUUUCAAGAUCAAUAAGACAGUUCUCCGUCUCAAUGAAGCCUACUGCCGUAUCCAGUAUCAGUUUGAUCAGGAAAGCUUUGACACCAUCCCAGGCUUAGUCAGGUGCUACGUGGGGAAUCGUCGACCAAUAUCCCAGCAGAGUGGGGCUAUUAUUUUUCAGCCCAUCAACAGGACCGUGCCGCUGAGAUGUCUGGAGGAGAGAUACGGCACUUCUCCUGCCCGGUCAAGGGAAUACAGCCUCUCAGAGGGAAAAAUAGAAACCACAAAAAGACUGAGCCUCAAUAUGUGCAAUGUGCCCUCUCGAGAACAGAGUUUGGCCAGAGGAAAUCUUCUAAGAAAUAAAGAAAAAAGUGGGAGCCAGCCUGCAUGCCUGGAUCACGUGCAGGAUAAAAGGUCCUUGUCCCUCAAGGCCCACCAGUCAGAAAGUUACCUGCCGAUUGGUUCUAAACUGCCACCCCAGUCCUCCGGAAUAGACACAAGCCCCUGUCCAAAUUCCCCAGUGUUCAGGACAGGCAGCGAGCCAACACUCAGCCCCACAGUGGUGCGGCGGGUUUCCUUGGAAGCACAGGUCCCCGGGGAAGCCUUGAGAGGAUCGGACAGCCAGCUGUAUCCCAAACCCCCACCAAAGCCCAGCAAAGUGCCUUUCCUAAAGCCACCCCAGUCUCCUUCAACUUGGCACAACUUUGAGGCAAACUAUUGUGAACUCAAUCCUGCCUUUUCCCCUGGCUUCUGUGGGACAAAGCAGGCUCUGUGUCCCCAGAGUGGCUGUGGAGAGCCUCUGACAGCCAAGGAGAACGGGGCCCUCUCACUUCGAAACUCUGGCACCAACUAUCUGAUCCUGGACGACGACACUCCGAGGCCUUCUCGGGCUCUGUUGGCUGCCCAGAUGGAGAAGGGACAGGAGGGUGGCGGGGUGUUUGUGACACCCUUUCUGGAGACAGUGUCUUCAUUCAGGCCCAAUGAUUUUGAAUCCAAACUCCUCCCUCCUGAAAACAAGCCUCUGGAAACAUCGAUGUUGAAACGUGCCAAGGAGUUGUUCACCAAUAACGAUCCCAAGGUUAUCGCCAAGCAUAUGCUGAAGAUGGACUGCAAGGUUGCUAGGAUACUAGAGGUCUCUGAAGAGAUGAGGAGGAUCAUGGGAGUAAACUCAGGUCUGGAACUCAUUACCUUGCCUUAUGGACACCAACUGCGCCUGGACAUCAUUGAAAGGCACAAUACCAUGGCCAUAGGCAUAGCAGUGGAUAUCCUGGGCUGCACGGGUAGUUUGGAGGAAAGAGCAGCAACACUCCAUAAGAUCAUUCAGGUGGCUGUGGAAUUGAAGGACUCCAUGGGGGACCUGUAUGCCUUCUCCGCCAUCAUGAAAGCCUUGGAAAUGCCACAAAUUACGAGGUUAGAACAGACAUGGACUGCUUUACGACACCAGUACACCCAGACCGCAAUCCUCUAUGAAAAGCAACUGAAACCUUUCAGCAAAACUUUACACGAAGGCAAAGAGACCGUGUGUGUUCCCCAGAACAAGGUCACAGUCCCACUGCUUAUGCCUCUAGUGACCUUGAUGGAGCGGCAAGUAGUCACUUUUGAAGGGACAGACAUGUGGGAAAAAAAUGAUCAAAGCUGUGAAAUCAUGCUGAGCCACCUGGAAACAGCCCGAUUCAUAGCCCAGGCUGCAGACAUGUACCGGGCAAAUGCAGAGAGGAUCCUAGAAGGUUUUCAGGCAGAUGAAGAGAUGAAUGAAAUCUUCAAGACUGAAUUUCAGAUGAGACUGCUUUGGGGAAGCAAAGGAGCACAAGUCAAUCAAACUGAGAGAUAUGAGAAAUUCAACCAGAUUUUAACUGCACUCUCACGAAAAUUGGAACCUCCUCCUGUGAAGCAUGCAGAGCUCUGACAAGCCUUCAAAGAACCAUGAAAUAUUAUUUCAACCUUAUCCAAUUUCCUCUUUGGGAAAGUUUAUCAUUUGAUAAAAUAAUUAAGUACAAAUGUGACAAUAUAGAAACCUUUAGUAUCCACAGGAUAUUUGAAAAUGUAAAUUGCACAGUGCACAUUUAUUUAUGAAUUGUUAAAAAUUACUACUGAUUUUUAAAGGAAUCAUAAUUUAUUAAUGUAACUGUUGCUAAUGAUUUGUUAGCCAACUUUAAGAAAAUACCUUGUGGGACAGGGUUAGCUGAUCUCAUUUGAUCAGAUUUAACCCUUUAAAAUAACAGCUUUGACCACUUUUAGUAAUUUCAAUUCCCACAAGAUAACGUAGAAGUGUAAAUAGAAGAGUAGGUUAAGAAUGGCAUGAAACUGUUCAGAAGGUAUCAGUUGUAUGAUAUUCCUUAAAUGAAUAUGAAAACUGUGUAAAUAGUCAUGAAUAAAAAUAUAUCUUUAUGUGGA